AUGCUCGAGUCUUCGGAUGUGGCGCCACCAAAAUUGACGGAAUUGGGCGAGAGCUCACUACUGGAUCAGCUGCAUGACUUACACCGACGAUUAGCGGCUGUGCGACAGAAUUCGCAGCGCUACAACUCAUUGGCACGCAAUUUGGGACCCAUUCCUAUGGCCAACGACAGUAACAAGAUUAUUGUGUGUUCACUACGACAUUGUGUGCGUAUGUUUAAGACGGAUCAAGGCGAUGGAUGGCAAUAUGAAGCAUCGGCUACGGGACUAAAGAGUGCUAUUGAUUAUUUGGGCAAAGGCAACACUGUGCGAUGGGUUUCAUGGCCAGGUGUAGCCGUGGACGAGUCAAGUCAGGACGGCGUGCGUCGACGUCUGGCCGAGUCACAGUGUCACCCCGUUUUCCUUCCCCAUGACAUGCUUGAUCUAUACGUCAAUCAGUUCUGUAACGUGGUGCUCUGGCCGCUCUUUCACUCAUUGCCGCAGCAGUCGGACAGUCAACUGCUUGAAAACUUUGGGGACAAGUACGACGCCUACUGCUCAGCCAACCAAAAGUUCCUCGAGGUCGUGUCGGAGAUCUACAAAGACGGAGACCUUGUACUUGUGUGUGACUACCAGCUCAUGAUGUUGCCCGGACUGCUACGUCGCCGCUUUUCUGACGUCACAUGUGGCUUUUACUUUCACUGUCCCUUCCCGUCCUCUGAGUUCUUCCAGAUGCUGCCUGUGCGCGAGGCACUGCUUCACGGCGUGCUGGGUGCCGAUUUGGUCGUUUUCAAUCACUUUGACUAUGUGCGCCACUUUCUCAACGUCUGCACGCGUAUGCUUGGGCUCGAGUCGUCGCCCAGUCGCGUAGAGUACAACGGACGCGUCAUCUCGCUGGGCAUUUGCCCCAUGGGCAUCGAUCCCGUCAAAUACGCACUGACGCCCAAGGUGGAGGCCCAGGUGGAGAUGCUCAAGCGCCAGCAAGACGGUCUCAAGAUCAUCGUGGGCGUACACAAACUCGACUUCUGCAAGGGUAUCCUGGAGAUGCUCGAGGCAAUGGAGUAUCUGCUACAGCACUACCCAGAGUACCGUACGAAAGUUGUGCUAUACGCUAUUGUGCGUGAUACCGGACGCACAGCAUCAUUACAGUACCGAAUGCUCAGUCGUCAGAUUAACGAGCUCGUUGGGCGUGUGAACGGUAAGUUUGGGACAGCCGAAUAUUGCCCUGUGCGCUAUCUAAAGCAGUCCAUCGACCACGAUCAGCUCGUGGCGCUGUACAACUGCGCCGACGUAGCCAUUGUGAGCAGCAUCAAGGAAGGCAUCAAUUUGCAGGCGAUGGAAUUCAUUGCUGCGCAGAAGAAGAGCUGCCACGGGGUGCUUGUCUACAGUGAAUUUGCAGGAUGUGCGUCGUCUUUCCAAGGUGCGUUGCUGGUGAACCCGAUGCACAUUGAACAAGUCGCAGCAAGCGUGGAUACAGCCCUUCGCAUGAGCACGACCACAAAACGUAUUCGACACCACCAAUUAUCGCGCUAUGUGAACACGUACACGUCGACUCUGUGGGCUCAACGAAUCAUGUCGGCCUUAAAUGAGGCUGCUGCAACCGCGCAAGAAUAUAACCGUCUCGACAAGCUGGACACGGCACAAUUGCUUGGAUACUAUGAGCGAAGCCAACGACGCCUAUUCUUGCUGGAUUAUGAUGGCACGCUUGUAAACUACCAGAGUAUGGAGGAACUGGCGGAGCCUUCUCCGGUUCUGCUCUCGUGUCUGGAAGAUCUCACAGCCGAUCCACGCAACACGGUCUACAUCAUUAGCGGAAGGAACAAGAAUCGCUUACAGGAAUGGUUUGGUCAUUUACCGCGCGUGGGACUGGCUGCUGAGCAUGGCUAUUGGUUCCGUCCGGCUUCCAAGCACCCAUCUGCGCUCGAUGUAGAUGGCAAUGGUAGUAUUCCAGUCAAGAAGAGUGACCUCUUUGCAGAUCUGAGUACCGAUGAACCACUGCACGGUGCAGAAACGCUUUCAGUUGUACUCACGGCGGAAGAUGACCCGCUGACCAGUUCGUCUUUAUCGGUUAUGGGGGCAAACGGUAAUAACGAAAGUGCAGUCUUUGAAAGAGCUCCCUGGCAGUGCAUGUUCAGUGACGUUGAGCUGGAAUGGCGCGAUGAAGUGGAAAGUAUAUUGGAGCAUUUCACAGAGCGGACCCCUGGCUCACUACUGGACGUGAAGGAUUGCUGCUAUACAUGGCAUUUUCGAGACGCCGAUCCUACCUUUGGUCUUAAGCAAGCGAAGGACAUGCAGCUCCAUUUUGAUCAGAUGCUGCGUGAUUUGCCGGUUGGCGUAGUGAUGUGUCGAAUUAAAAAGUAUGUGACGAUUCGGCCGUGGCGCGUGAACAAAGGUCGAGCUGUGAGCCGUAUCCUGGAGUACGAAAGUGAGACACCGUAUUUCACGGCGCUAGACUUUGACUUCAUUCUUGCGCUAGGCGACGAACGUACAGACGAAGACAUGUUCGAUGUCGUCCAGGGCAGCAACUGCUACACAUGCACGGUUGGCAUGAAAGUUAGUCGUGCACAGUAUUAUCUGGAUGAUCCUGAUGAAGUUUUGCGCGUGUUGAUUGCCUGCACAAGCUUGCUAUCGGUUGAGCGGCACUCACUUUCAGCCUAA